CAGAGUCACCUGAAGACACCGACGACACGCAGGAAACUGGGCACUUUGGCAAUGGACGACGUGUUUUUAAAGUCACCUCCGGACCCGUUUCUGUUGGAGGACACCAGUCUGGCUCUGCCGUUCGAGACCACCUCACGGACUUCGGCCAAAGUUAAUUCAAGAGACCGGAGUGUGCGGGUUCAGCAGCAGGUCCAGCUCACACUGGCACGGAAGGCGAGGAAGAGUGUGUCCAAUGGGAGUGUCCAUUUACAGAGACACACUGGGAAGAGUUUUGACUUCACAGAUGGACUUUUCCCAAACAUGAAGGUAAAUGGACUCAGCUUUACCAACCGCUCACUUUCAACAAACAACAUGCAGAGACCCUGCAGGAGAGUGGAAGUGUCUCCUCCGCCGAGUCCAGAUCUACCGCACAACCGCUUUACUUAUGGGACCCAGCGUUUUGGAACAUACACCAUUCCAGGUCCUGGUCAGUUACAGCGGAUGGCCACGUUACUUGACCAUUCACUUGGCUCUGAAUCGUAUCGGCGUUAUUGCUUCUCAGAGGCCCCUCGUCUCAUGCGGCCGCUCACAUCCACAUCUGCAAGCUUCCGCCAGAGAUCACUCAGACAGUCAGCACUACCACCACCUGUGUUUCAUGACGCAGCGCUUCAAAGUGUCGAAAACGGGUCUCGACGGAGUCAUAAUCAGACUGUUGUCAAACAGGAGCAGCACACUAUGCAGAGACUGAAUGGUGACAUGAUGCUUGGUUCAGUCCAGCCUGAUGAGGGUCUGUCCUGGCUGUCCCGGGUCAGAAGGGAGAACCACGGGCCCCGCAGACUGAACUCAUACCCGGACUCAGUCACCAGCAUGGAGGUGGACUCAGCCAGACCAGUAGACGCAGAGGUUCCCAUGCAACAGUUACAUGUUGGAAAUAUUACGACAGUAAAGUCAGAGAACAAGCCUCCAGAAAUGACAUUAGAGAGGGCAGUGAGCCUGUUGUCCCAGGACAAUGAGGACAUGCUGAUCACUGCCCUUAGUUACAUACAGAAUCAAUGUUUCAAGAGCGCAGAUGCUAAAAAGAUGGUCUACUAUCUUCGAGGCAUUGGAAAGCUCAUGCAGCUCCUCAGCAGUGAUAGUGAGGAAGUGCAGCAUUUUGCCGCUGGUGCGCUUCGUAAUGUUGUUUUCCAAAGCAGUGAAAACAAGAUGGAGGUGAAGGAAAAUGAUGGCUUAAUCACGAUUUUACAUACACUGAAAAGCAGCCGUGAUGUGGAGACCAGACGACAACUUACUGGUUUGUUAUGGAACUUAUCCUCCCAUGACCUUUUGAAGGAGCAUCUGUCCACAGUGGCCCUGCCUGUCCUCACCCAGUCGGUCCUCGUACCCAGUUCUGGUAUUUCCGAGGGCGAGAACCCAAAAGAGGAGCUCUUAGCUGACGAUGAUGUCUUCCACAAUGCUACUGGUUGCCUGCGGAAUCUGAGCUCUGCUGGUCCCAAUGGAAGGAAAGCAAUGAGGGAAUGUGACAAUCUUAUCGACUCUCUUGUCUACUACAUCCGAGGAACCAUAGCAGACUAUAAAACUGAUGACAAGUCCACAGAGAACUGUGUCUGCAUCCUGCACAACUUAUCUUAUCAGAUUGAGGAAGAACUUCCAAAGAAGUAUGCAGAAGAUCUUCGAGAGUCUCGACAAAAUUUGGCUCCCAAACCAAAGGCUGUGGGUUGUUUUGCUUAUCGCAGUGCCAAGAUCACAGAGGUAAUCCCUUUGGAUAAUAAUUGGCCCCUGCUGGAGGAGAAUUCCAACCCUCAUGGUGUGGAGUGGUUGUGGAGUGCCAUUACUAUACGGAUGUACUUGUCACUGAUCGCCCGCAGUGUGCGUCACUAUACCCAGGAGGCUGCUUUAGGAGCUCUGCAGAACAUCACCGCUGGAAAUGGAGCAGUGACUGAGGCCAUUUCUUUCGCCAUUGUUCUUCGGGAAAAUGGCCUUCAACAUGUGAAGAAGGCAUUAGAUGAGGGAGACAGUGAUGUGAGGAGGACAGCUGUAUCUCUCAUAAGAAACCUCUCUCGUUACAAAGAACUGCACCCUGACAUUGUCAACCACGUGUUGACAGAAAUGGUGGAGAUGCUUCCCAAUAAUGACAGAGGCACAGACCUGCCCACAGAGGUGACAACAUGUCUGCUUCAGAUCCUGAUCCACCUCAGCCAGAACGAAACUCAAAACGUACGAGCCAUCGUUAACCAGGGAGCGCUCCCAAAGGUCAUCAACAUCAGCCAAAAGGACAACGGUUAUGGACCAACCAGAGCUGGUCAGGCUGCAUGUGUCCUGCUGCACACCAUGUGGAAACACACUGAUCUGCACAGUGCCUUCAAGAGGUGUGGGUACAGGAAAGCUGAUUUCAUCAAUGCAAGAACAACAAAGACUGUGAACUCUGGAAGAGACUGAGUCAAACCCAGUCAUCACUGCUAUAAGUUUCUAAUGGUCCCAAGUCACUCAAUGCACUACUGUCCUGUAAUGAAGCCUCUGGGUCACAUUUCAGUGGAUGUUGGUUUCAUACUCGGAUUUUUGUUCUUAACGCUGUCUAGACUAAACUUUGUAAACAACGAUGGCACUUCUGUUAAGUUAAGAUUCUUCAGUGUUCAGAUGCUGACGACAAACAUGGUUUUGAUAUUUAAUAGUGUGAUCAGAAAGUACAUGCAGCAUACUUGACAUGAGAGGUGCUAUAGUAGAUUUAUUUGAAGUAACAGAUCAGACCGCUGCCUUAUGUUCAGAAACACUGACAGUUGAAUGUAGAAACUUUCACAUUACAUCUCUCUAGCAACUGUAAUGAAUGAAUUUUAAAGAACUUUUCAUAUUAUAUGUUUUUUUUCUGUAGCAGCUUGAAAAGGUGAUAAUACAGCUAGUGUGUGUUUUUAGUAUUUUGACUGACAAUUAUACAGUGAACCACAAUGAAAUAAUGGUGGAGAAUUUAACUAUUAGUGUUGGAUUUAUGGAUGAGCCAGCAAGCUGUUCUAUAAUAGUGUAUUAAAUGCGUUUUAAACGAUUUCCUACUGUAAGAAAAACAAUAUUUGCCUCCUGUUGUUUGAAUAAACAGUU